AUGCUCUCCAGCGAAAAAAUACUCGGCGUUUUCAACCCUGUUACCGCAACCUUUGAUCCGGGGGUUGGUGCACCGGUGAUCGGCCCAGAUGUGGAAUUUCCAGUAUUGUCUCCGAAUCUCCUCCGGGCUUCGAAACGCUCAAGAGGUAGUAAGCGUCAACGGGAGUCUCUAAAGAACCCUAUAGCCCCGACCCAUAUUCCAAUUGCUACGCCGCCUAUGGCCGAGGGACCCCAGCCGCCUCAGCCACAACGGUGGUCAUUCCGUGAUAUGGUAAACAAACACCGAGAUCACGUGGAUAUUGACCCCGAUGCCGUCGAGACAGUAGAGAGAAGGGUGAGGAGGAGAUCGUGGUGGAUUUUUCUCGACGGAAGCCGGAAAUUCGGAUUCCCAAGAGCUUCAUCGAGCGUGUUAGCAAGGAGUGGCAAAACGUGGUAG